UUUCAUUACACUGCAACUGCGGAGACACUGACGACAGCUGCAGGUUAACUUUCUGAUGAGCGGUUCGCGGCUUGGCAGAGGCCGAGGUGGCCGCCUGGCUUUGUACGGGGGCUGCGCAGUGGCGGUUAUCUUGACGAUGAUCGUGUACCGCAACACCAUCUCAGAGAUGACCAGGCUUCAAGAAAUGCAAGUACAAUGUCUUCAUCAGCAAGAAUCUCUCGCUGCUCAACUACAAGUAAUAUUUGAGUACAAAGUACGGCUGGAGAAGUCCCUAGCCGAAGAGAAGAGCUCGAAUGCCGCGGUGAAACAAGAGUUGCAGCAACGCGCGUCGCGAGAGAAGUCUCUGCGUGACAAGGACAGCAUAGAGGCGAUGCAGAGGUUUAAUUCGCUUCAGCAGACCUAUAAGCUCCUGCAGACCGAGCAUCAGGACCUGCAGGAGGAAUGUAAGAAGCGUGAGAAGCAGACGCUUGAUGAGACUAGCAGACUGGAAUCAACGCUGCAGGACUUGCGCGCUCGCAUCCGGCAGGCUCAGGAAGACAAGUCCAAAGCUCUGGAGCACUUGAAGACCAAGUACCUGGAAAUAAUUGACGAGAAGACCCGGCUGCAAGAAAAGUACAACGAACUGAUAAACAAUAGAGACAAUACCGGUAGUACCGUUGAUCAUCUCAGAAAGGAGAUCUUCCAGCUUAGACGCGAAUUGGAGAGCGCCAAGAAUUUCUAUGCUAGAAGUACACCUAGUUCAGUGUUGAUGACUCCUCGAGCGUCAGUGUCGCAAUCGGCGCUGCCUAAAGAAGACUCACAACCGAUCCCGGCGCCGCAACAGCAACAGGUAAGUGCGCCACGGCCACCAUAUGUGUCUCAUGAUCGUCGUGCAGUCGGAAGAACGACUUCGUCGGUGGAAAAGAUGAAUCGAAAUGACGACGUCAAUGAGCCAGCCAACAAUAUCAGGUUCGUUCAGCAGAAUGGCAACAUCGUCCCAGCUGGUCCCAGCGAAAUGAAAGAGAUCGGGGAACAGCGCGGACCCUCUGCUAACGACUUAGAGCAAAAGCAACAGAAAGACGUUGUCGAGCGCCCGAAUGUUGUAGACGAAGAGAAGACUGGCUUCGAUGAAGAACAAAGAAAACAGAGCAUGGUGAGUUCACGCAAAGCGGAGAACACCACUGUAGCGAAUAACGCCAAUCUGGUAUCACCGUCUCUUAUCGACAAACCCGCGCCGCUACCGGCCAGACUACCAUCGAAGGUCAAGGUGCCGGUCGGCGUAUUGCCAAUACCGGAAAUCAUCGAGCAGAAGGUCGUUGAUGACAUGGAUAAAAAGAAGGAGGAGAUUCGAGAUGACGCGGCGGCAGUGAUUCACAACAAUUUACAACCACCGCCGAAACUCGCUCCGAAUGCGGUGGAUGACAAGGAAGAAAAGGAGCCGAUAGUUGAACCUGGCAACCUGGACCCACCGUUCAUUGUAAAUCCUCCCGCGCGACACGUUGGCGAACAGCUCGAGAGGAGAGCAAAAGACUCUUGGUUGAGGGUGGGACCUGGGGUACAAGAGGUCGGCGACGAACUCAAUCGAGUUCCUGGAUUGGAUGAUGGGCAAGCCAACGGUGGUGACGAUCAGUAUGAUGGUGCCGAUUACGAUAAGGAGUCGCAGCAAAAGAAUGAUAUUCAUCUUGCGGGCGAGGACGAGGGGGAAGACGAAGGUGACAUGCUUGAAGGCGAAUAUCCGAAUAAUUUGAAGCAAGGAAAGCGGGAAUAAAAUCAGCGCCAUCACGCAAAUAUUUUUUAACGCGACUAGCAGCCGGGUGGCACAAGAGGAAUCGACUGCAAAAUAGUUAAAUGACCUGAUCUGAUCUGACCUGGCCGAUAUUCAUGAUCGUUCGGGUUUAAUCAGCGAAAAAUACUUAUCGUGUAUUAUAAUCUAUACAAAUCAUUCGACGCGUGUGUGCGUGCGUGCGUGCGUGCGUGCGUGCGUGCGUGCGUGCGUGCGUGUGUGCGUACCUGUGUGCGUGUGUGUAUGCGCGUGCGUGCGUGCGUGCGUGUGUGAGAUAUUUCACGAGAAACUAGCACAGGGACAGCUAGAAAUUCAAUCCAUCUUCAUCUUUCAUACGAAAGCUCUUGUACAAGAUUUUAGCUAAAUAUCAAUAUAUGAUAGUAUAUACACGGUACAAAUAUCGUCAAGUGCAUUCGCGCGUUCGACGGAGACUUAGGCGGUUCCGAUAACUUCAGAAGGUUCAGAUUGAACUAUUGUAACGUAUACUUUCAAAGAAGGAAGAAAGAUAAACUGUAUUUUUCUAGAUUUUACCGUGCACGAAUCGAGUGACUUAAUCGCGUUUAUUACUUGAGACAUUCGUAACUUUGUUAUAAAUGCGUUAAGUUGGACUUAGAUUGCACUAGCAGAGUUAACUUUAUAACGCGAUGCCACAGGAAAAUACCUCGGAAACCAUUCAGUAUUCUUGUAUUAAAAUUAAUUCGCGUUUUAAUCAUGAAAUUUAUCAUGAGUUACGGGAAUUAAUCAAAUUACUUUUUUUUAUAUUUAUAAUCACAUGAUAAUUUGUAUAUGAGUUACAUAUAGAAAUUGAAAUGUAAGUUACGCGUGAUAAUAUCAACCUUUUU